AUUUUAUCGACGGCAAUACGCGAUUUUAACUCGUGUAACUUUAUUAAGUUGAUGUUUUGCUCGAGUUUCUGUCAUAAGAUAGAAUAAAUUAUAGAGUACACGUUUUAUUGAAGUUAAAUUUGAUUUAUCCACGUCAGGAGAUUAAUUGUAGUACAUUUGUAGCACGAAACGCCACAAAAUGUCGCCGAAACUGCGGUUUCUAGCUGGUUUUUGGUGCUUAACAGGUAUUUUGGCUUCUAAUGCGCAAGAAUGUGGUCGACCCCCGCUAAUGGAGAACAGGAUCGUGGGAGGGAUGGACGCCUCGGACGGGGCUUGGCCGUGGCAGGUGGACAUUCAGAAAGGCUCUGAUGGUCAUGUCUGUGGAGGCUCCAUCAUCACCGAGAACUGGGUCCUAUCAGCCGCACACUGUUUCCCCAAUCCGUCUGACGUGAGCGCUUACAUCAUCUACGUCGGCCGAUACCAGCUGAACAACUACAACCCGCACCAGUCCGUGCACCGUGUGAGCCGGGUGGUGAUCCCGUACGGCUACAACGAGCCUCACAGCGGGAAAGAUGUGGCGCUGGUGCAGCUGUCCAGCCCGGUAACCUGGUCAGAUCACGUCCGUCCCAUCUGCCUGCCCGCCUCUGGCACCUCGUUCCCAGGUGGCAUGAUGUGCUAUGUCACCGGCUGGGGGAACAUCCGGGAAGACGUCCCUCUGUCUGGAGUCGGGACUCUGCAGGUAGUGCAGGUGCCAAUCAUCUCCCAGAGUUCAUGUCAGGAGAUGUACCAAACGGACCCGAAGGAGCAGGUGGACAUCCUGUAUGACAUGAUCUGUGCUGGAUACCAGGAGGGCGGCAAGGACUCCUGCCAGGGAGAUUCAGGAGGGCCCCUCGUCUGCCAGAUGGUGAAUGGGACCUGGGUGCAGGCCGGGGUGGUGAGUUUUGGUCUGGGCUGUGCUCAUGAAAACAAGCCAGGUGUGUAUGCCAGACUGACUAGCUACUCAGGCUUCAUCACCGACACGAUACCAGAGAUCCGACUGCACGGCCGAGCUCAUCAGAACUGGUGCGGGAGGGCCGUCAUGUUGCUCAGCGUUCUGUCCACUCUGCUGACGCUGCUUCACAGAUGAGACGCUUAAAAAACUGGAUUUUACGGAGGCCGAAUGUAAAGGAGUGUGAAUGAAGGAGAUUAAUUGUGAAUGUCUAACUCAUUUCUAAAGUGGUCCUGAAUAGUCCAAAUAGAAAUCUGUCCCAUGCACAUAAAGCCAUAUUGAACUUAAAAUCCUAAUUUUUUAGAACUCUGCAUUAUGAGCUUUGAUUCAAAGUAGUUUUGAUAGGUUUGUAUUUUAAAUCAGAAUUAUGAGCUAAAUAAAUAAUGUCUUUUUGUAUUUGAAAUAAAUUGUUAAUUUGAUUC